CUGAUGAUGUUGCCAUGUUGCCUGUGGCAGGACGUAUCUCCUGUGUUUGGGUGAAUCUCCAGUGUCCUGAGAUGAUGUCUGACAUGUUGGUUCCAAUCUCCAGUUGACUCAAACCUUCAGGCUGAUUAUGACUCGAUUGAAAACCCUCACAGAUUGUCGUCAGCUUUAUUACGCUGUGUCCAACAUGUAGGAUGGAGUUUGUGGUUAAAUUCAGUUUUGUUGGUGAAAUUGUUUAACUAAAGGAAGGUUUUUAUGCUCUAACUGAAAUGUCAUGAUGACAAACUCUUCACAGGUUUUAUUCUUUUUCCUGACUGCUUAUAUUGACUCUGGGGUUCUGGCGUAUUUAUAUUUCACUGUUGUCUUGUUUUUGUACAUUUUAAUCAUUGUUUCCAACGUCCUGCUGAUCGUGGUGAUCUGUGUGAACCGGAGCCUACAUGAACCCAUGUACAUGUUCCUCUGCAGCCUGUUUGUGAACGAACUGUACGGCAGCUCAGGCUUGUUUCCCUUCCUGCUGGUCCAGAUCCUCUCUCAUCUCCACUCAGUUGCUGCUCCGUUCUGCUUGCUUCAGGUUUUUAUCGUCCAUUCGUACGGGGCUGUUGAAUUUCUAAGCCUAGCGGUCAUGUCGUAUGACCGGUACCUCGCUAUCUGCUACCCUCUGCAGUACAACGCCAGGAUGACACCAACGAAGAUCGCAGCGCUCAUCGCAGUGAGCUGGCUGUAUCCGUUUGUGGCGAUGUCCUUCAUGAUGUCUCUGGUGCCAGUGAAUCUGUGUAGGAACCAGAUUAACAAAGUCUACUGUGACAUGCACUCUCUGGUCAAACUGGCCUGUUCAGACGCGGCAUUAACCAACAUUUAUGGACUCAUUGCUACGUUCAGCACCAUCUUCAUCUCGUUGCUCCUGAUCCUCUACAGCUACAUCAAGAUCCUGUCUGUGUGUUUCUCUGGGUCCAAACAGACCCGUCAGAAGGCUCUGAACACCUGCACACCUCACCUGGCCUCCAUCUUGAACUUCUCCUGCGGUGGAAGCUUUGAGAUUUCCCAGAGCAGAUUUGAUAUGAGUUUUCUGCCAAAUGUUCUGCGGAUUUUUCUGUCGCUUUACUUCCUGACUGCCCAGCCUCUUUUUAACCCGCUGAUGUACGGCCUGAAGAUGUCAAAAAUCAGAAACGUUUGUAAAAGUCUAAUUAUGAAUUCUGAAUAUUUUAAAAAAGCAUAA